UCCCGGACAUGUGUUCCAGACGUACCAACCAUCUUCCUGGUAGUUGACGUGGAUGUGUUUACAAGUUCACAAUGGCUGAGAAUAAAAUAAACAUAUCAAAUGACACUGCUGUAAUUCAGAAUAGCGGCAAUGUGCCUUCUCAGCAGAAUAACCCGCUGUCUCGAAAACUAAAUAAAAUUCUAGAGACCCGACUGGACAAUGACAAGGACAUGUUGGAGGCUCUGAAAGCUCUGUCGGUGUUCUUUACGGAAAACAGUCUACGGACGCGAAGGAAUCUUCGGGGGGAUAUCGAGAGACGGAGCCUGAACAUCAACGAGGAGUUCGCCAGGAUUUUUAAGGAUGUGAAAGAGGAGCUGGAGAGUGUGCAUGAGGAUGUCCAGGCUAUGAGUAGCUGCUGUGAGGAGAUGACCAGCAGAUUAAAGGCUGCCAAGGAACAGACCCAGGACCUCAUAGUGAAGACCAACAAACUGCAGGGAGAGAAUCAUCGUCUUGAGGUGCGCUCCCAGGUGGCCCAGGCAUUCCUGUCCAAAUUCCAGCUGUCCCCUGAAGAGAUGGCCACAUUACGAGGGGCAAGAGACGCACCUGUAACCGAGGACUUCUUCACAGCGCUAAAUAGGGUUAAAAACAUCCAUGAAGACGUCAAGAUUCUCCUGAGGACCAACCAGCAGACAGCAGGGCUUGAGAUCAUGGAGCAGAUGGCCGUGUUACAGGAGACUUCAUACGAACAACUGUACCGCUGGACACAGAAUGAAUGUCGCGGUCUGACCCAGGAGUCAUGUGACAUCAGCCCAGUGCUCAGUCAGGCUAUGGAAGCAUUGCAGGACCGCCCAGUCCUCUACAAGUAUUCACUGGAUGAGUUUGGGACGGCGCGGAGGUGUGCAGUGGUGCGGGGUUUCAUCGAUGCCCUAACCCGAGGGGGCCCAGGGGGAACACCUCGCCCCAUAGAGAUGCACUCCCAUGACCCCAUGAGGUAUGUUGGGGACAUGCUAGCAUGGCUGCACCAGGCCACUGCCUCUGAAAAGGAGCACAUGGAGGCCCUGCUGAAACAUGUCACUGCCCCAGGGGUGGCUGAUAAUAUGCAGGAGGUGAUUGGCCACAUCACAGAGGGUGUCUGUAGACCUCUUAAAGUGCGUUUAGAACAGGUGAUCGUGGCUGAACCUGGUGCAGUUCUGCUGUACAAACUCUCCAACCUGCUCAAGUUCUACCACCACACCAUCAGUUCUAUAGUAGGCACCAGUGUGGCCUCCCUGUUGAUGACAAUAGAAGAGAUGCACAUCCUCAGUAAGAAGAUGUUCUUCAACAGUCUCAGUCUGCAUGCCAGCCGGCUGAUGGACAAGGUAGAGCUGCCUCCUCCAGACUUAGGUCCCACCUCCUCCCUGACCCAGACCUUGUCCCUGCUGAGGGAGGUGUUGGCCUCCCAUGACUCCUCAGUGGUUCCCCUGGAUGCGCGUCAGGCUGACUUUGCCCAGGUGUUGUCCUGUAUCCUGGACCCCCUGCUCCAACUGUGUACUGUGUCAGCCAGUAAUCUGGGAACUGCGGACAUGGCAACAUACAUGGUGAACUCUCUGUAUGUGAUGAAGACCACCCUGGCUCUGUUUGAGUUCACUGACAAGAGGCUGGAGAUGUUGGAGUUCCAGAUAGAGGCUCACCUGGACACUCUGAUUAAUGAGCAGGCGUCCUUUGUUCUGACCCGGGCCGGACUGAGCCACAUCUACAGCUGUGUCCAACAGCACAGCCCAGACCAGGGUCCUCUUUCCAACCUUCCCAGCAUGGACCACUCCUCUCUGAAAGCAGCCAUGAGCCAGUUUGAUCGAUAUUUGUCUUCUCCUGAUACCAUGGUCAUGCCUCAGCUCAACUUCCUCCUCAGCGCCGCCAUCAAUCAGGGAGCAGAUCUUCUGUCAGUCUACAGAGCUGGUGUGCAGAGCAUAUGGGGAAGUCUACACUGCUGUGACCAGCCCAGCCAACAGCUAUAAAGAACCUGACAACCUGGUACCACGCUCUCCGCAACAGGUCCAGGCACUGCUGUCCUAACACAACUGUUGACUAACAGGAAGAAAGGCUCAUGUAAGGCAGAAUGUAACUGUUAUAUUUAGUAGUUGUUGGAAAGCGUAUGUGUGUGUAAAUAAACACACUUGGGGUCACUGGGUGUAAGGUGGAUCAAUGGGCCAAAAACACAGGCGUGUUUGUGUUAAGCUCUUGGUCUGUUGAAUUUUAUAUCAUGUUGUAUCACAAUAUGAAAUCUCAGACCUUGCCAGGAGAGAGAGGCAGAAUAGCUCACAAUGAUAAAGCACUUUAUUUUCCUGCUCACCCAAGAGAAACACUUCCAUUGCUGGUUACCCCACCCCCUACCUCUUUCAAAGUCCCUCUCUGUCUAAAUCUCCCUCCCUCUCUUUUUUUCCCUAAUAUAACUGCCAACAGAUCUGAAAACAUGUCUCUGUAAUAAAAUACUGUGUGUUUCA